UAUAUUUUAUCCCCGAAUUUGGAAAUCAAAUCAUUAUCCGUUGGAGUUCCGUAGAAGAGAACGCUGCCGCAACAAAACUACGCAAUUAUUGAAGCAAGGUUUGUACAGAUGAAGGGCGGCCAUGGCGCUCUGGAGGUGGCCAAGACGGUCAUCGAGGUCGCAGAUGUGGCUUGGUCGGCGAUUGAGUGUUGCCAUCACCAUAAACCCAGCCAUGAUUCCGCUGAGCGCAUUCUUACAGAGGAAGAAGAACUUGAUGCUCUGCGAUCUGAGAAUCGGAGAUUGAGGAAGUUGCUUGAACAAAAUCUCGACCUCCUUCAGAACAUUUCUGAAUCUCACUGUUUGCUCAAGGAUUUCCCUCCCGAUUUGUACGCUCGUCUCGUUGCGACAGUGGAUUCUGAGAAGUUCUUAAAUGAAAUUAAAUCCCUCAACGAAGCAUCAAAAGAUGGAAUUAGCUAUGAAUUUCCUUUCAGGGAAGCUACAGGAGCUGAUUCGCACACAGCUGACAUUCUUGUGAAUGUUAGCCGUGAAGCACCCAGUUGGUGGGUAUGGGUUACUGAAGAUAUGGUCCCGAACAAAGUUGAGGAAUGGAGUGGAAUUGAUGAUGAAAAUUAUGUGAUUGUAUCUGAAGAACAUGUGGUGGAUGCAGUUGCCCACUUUAUGGCUAGAUGUAUUAUGUCAAACCCAAAAACCCGGAAUAUAUCACCUGAGGAGCUGCAGAAAACAAUAGCUAAGGCACUUGAUGGUAUGGGCAGCAAAGUGGAGAAGAUGUUUGAAAUUUGGCAUGCUGGGCUGCUGUUUUAUUCCUUAGCCACUUGGGGGCUUGCACUGGCCGGCUUGUACAAGGGCCGGGCUAUAUUGAAACUGGCUGCCGCUGGUGUUCACCAUACGAGCAAAGUGGUAAUGAAGGUGCUCUGAAGAAGCUAAUGAUAUUCAUCAAAUGUAUAAUACCGCUUGGGGUUCAUUUUUCUUUCUAUCAAGUGAUGUAAAUAACUUUUAAUAUUUCCUAUGGUAUUGUUUUUUUCUUUUUUCUUCCUUUUGGUGAUUUGUUCUUUUGCAUUGUGUUGAUUACUAUUAAAAUUGUAAAUCUUGUACAGUUGCUUCAUUCCAGUUAUACAUUAUGUUAUUAAAAGUUA